GCGCACGCCACUAGAGGGCGCUGCUAGCUAUGUGGAUAGUGAUGGUGCUGUGGUCUCCAGUGAUGGGCGCUCCUCUAUAGAACAUCCAGCGGGAGGGAUCGCCGGGCUCCCGGUGUGUUCAGCUCCAGUGUUUCCCGAUGGGUUCCAAAGGCCAGCCCGUUCGUGCGGAGGAGACAUCUGUGCAGGUGGCUGUCAGAGUCCGUCCUCUGCUUCCUAAAGAAAGGCUCCAUGGACAGCAGACUUGUGUUCACAUUGAGCCCGACCAGCAAGGCCUGACUCUGGGCACCAACAGACACUUCCAAUUCCAGGAUAUCCAGGAUGAAGCGUGCAGCCAGGAGACGGUGUACAGCCGCAGUGUCCAGCCUUUACUGGAAGCCUUCUUUCAAGGGUUCAACGUCACUGUAGUAGCCUAUGGGCAGACGGGAUCGGGGAAAACCUACACCAUUGGAGAAGCAAGUAUAUCGUCUAUCUCAGAAGAUGAGCAGGGAAUCAUUCCACGUGCUAUGGCUGAAAUCUUUAAACUGGUUGAUGAAAAUGAUCUGAUUGAUUUCACCAUCCGAGUCUCCUAUCUGGAGGUCUAUAAGGAAGAAUUCAGAGAUCUCCUGGAGGUGCAGACCUCUAGUAAAGACAUUUUGAUCAGAGAGGAUGACAAAGGCAGUGUAGUGCUGUGCGGUGUGAAGGAGACAGAAGUGGAAGGACUGGAUGAGGUGCUCAGUUUGUUAGAAGUGGGUAAUGCUGCUAAACACACAGGUGCCACACAAGUCAAUACCCAUUCCAGCCGCUCACAUACUAUAUUUACUGUCACCAUGGAGCAGAGGAGAGUUGUUGGACGAGUCACCAGAAUGACCGAUGGGGACAAUGGUUCGGCCCUUCCUUUUGGUCAGGUUCUGUCUUCUAAGUUCCACUUUGUAGAUCUGGCAGGAUCUGAGCGUAUAUUGAAAACCGGUAACACUGGAGAACGGCUGAAAGAAAGCAUUCAGAUUAACACUGGACUUUUAGCACUGGGCAAUGUUAUAAGUGCUCUGGGUGACCCAAAGAGGAAAAGCAGCCAUAUUCCUUACAGGGAUUCCAAGAUUACCAGGAUUUUGAAAGAUUCCUUAGGAGGAAAUGCCAAGACGGUUAUGAUCUCUUGUAUAAGCCCUUCAGCUUCUGACUUUGACGAAACCCUGAAUACACUUAACUAUGCCAACCGAGCGCAAAACAUAAAGAACAAAGCGACUAUCAAUUGCAAGAAAGACGCCGAGCGAGUGGAAGACCUCCAGCAACAGAUCAAGUCCUUGCAGCGAGCUCUAGAACAGAGACAUCGUUCAGAAACCCGGAUCCUCAGCAGGUUUGACCCAGCCAAGUCUGUUCCCCGGAGAUCUACAGAAGAUCAUGUGUCCAGGCUAAUGGCUGAGUGUGCCCAUUACAGGACAUGCACAGACACGGGAUAUCUCCUACUUAUGGACCUUCUGUCAGAAGAAGGCCUCUCGCCUGCGGGCAUGCAAAGAGUGAAGGAUUGGAUGUGUACUGUAGAAGAGGAGAGGAGUGAAGUCACAUCGGCGUCUGGUUUGGACAGUGGAAUUGAAAGCUCCUCUAUUGAGGAAUCCACUGCAGAGCUCAGCAGGAAGCAGGCUAAAAGGAAGGGGUCACUGAGCUUUGACUGCCCAGGUGAUGGAGUAGAAAAAGACAAAUCCGUUGAAGAUCUGAGAAGUAAAAUUCAGAAGCUGGAAGAUGAGAAUAGAGAUUUCCUGUCGGCGUUAGAAGAUGCCAUGGAGCAGUACAAGUUGCAGAGUGAUAAGUUGCAAGAACAGCAAGAUGAGAUUACUAGAUUGCAGACCUACCUGGAGCAUCAGAAGAGAGAUCUGUCUGUGACGGCCCUACUGGAAGAUGUGCACUUGUUAAACAUUGGGGGCAGACCAAAUACAGCCCCUCUGAUUAAAAAGCAUUCACAUACUGGUGAUCAGGGCAAACUUUUACCCUUGAAGUUCCCCAACCAAAGAAAGAUUUCAGACAGUGUUGUAUCCUUGUCUAAGGAACUCAAAAAGAACUUUCAGAGCGGCACGCAGAAGCUGAUCUCCAGCCUGGAAGAGGCAGACACUGUGCUCUACAGACAUUUCAGUGAAGAUUCUGAUCCCACAGCAGACUCUGAUGAAGACAGGAAUAAAGAGAAUGAUGAGUUUGAGAGAGAAUCCAACAAAUCUCGUCCAUCACACAGGUGUAAAAAACUUUCCAGACCUCAAAGUGGAAAUUGCCCUUCAUCUCCCCAGAACAGCGAGGAGGAUGAAGAGACUAUGUUGGACUUGGAUACAAAUGAAGCUAAGCAUAUAAAGUACGACCAACUUAUUGUGAGGGACAACCCUACCCAUGAAAGAGACUCCAAAUGGAGGUUGCGUCAGGCUGAGCAGAAGAUCCGGGAACUCGCUAUCAACAUCCGAAUGAAGGAGGAGCUUAUUAAAGAGCUGGUUAAAACUGGAAGAGAAGCUCAAGCCAUGAAUAAACAGUACUGUCUGAAGAUCUCUGGAUUGGAGACGGAGGCAGAACAAGUACGGAUAGAGGUCAGUGAGAAUCGGCGCCAUCUGCAGGAGCUGGAAGGGAAAGACACACGGGAUCCAGUGGAAAAAUCGAGGCUGCAGGAAUACCGCAAGAAGAUAGCAGCCGCUGAGAGUAAAGUGCAGGUUUUAAAAGAGAAGAAACAAGCCACAGAAAAGCUGGCUUCAAUUCCUAUCCAGAGUGAGAGACGGGUUCAGGAUCUGGAGAAGAAUAUCUUGCAGAUGAAACAACAGCAAGGGCAGCUACAGAAGAAGCUUAAAGAGGAGACUGAACAGAAACGGAGACUGGAGACUGAAAUGCAGAAAAGACACCACCGAGUGAAGGAGUUGGAGUUAAAGCACGAACAGCAACAAAAGAUACUGAGGAUCAAAACGGAGGAAAUAGCGGCUUUUCAAAGGAAGAGGAGAAGUGGGAGCAAUGGAUCACUUAUCAGUCUGGAGCAGCAGCAGAAAAUUGAAGAGCAGAAGAAAUGGCUGGACAGCGAGAUUGAUAAAGUCCUGGAGCAGCGCCGUGCCUUGGGCGAGUUGGAAGAAGAACUGAGGAAAAGGGAAGGUAUAUUGAAUAAGAAAGAGGCACUUCUACAGGAGAAGAAUGAUUUGGAGAUCAAGAGGCUUCGAUCCAGCCAGGCUCUGAGUAAUGAUAUUGUCAGGGUUUCCAGCCGUAUUGAGGAUCUAGAGAAGGAGCUGAGUGAGAAGAAUGGACAACUCCGUGAGGGCAGUGGUUAUGACCAACAGCGAAUACGAGAUGAGAUUAAUAACCUGAGACAAGAGAAGGAUUUGCUGUUAAAGCAGAGGGUGGACAUAGAUGAUAAACUACGGCAGGGAAACCUCCUUUCUGCUGAGGAAGAGAGGAUCCUGUUCCAGUUGGAUGAGGCAAUAGAAGCUCUUGAUGCAGCAAUUGAAUACAAGAAUGAAUCUAUAACACGCAGGCAGCGAGUUCUUCGAGCCUCGGCUAGUCUGCUCUCCCAGUGUGAAAUGAACCUCAUGUCAAAGCUGAGUUAUCUGUCCUCCUCCGAGACCCGAGCUCUCCUCUGUAAAUAUUUUGAGAAGGUAGUUACACUGCGUGAGGAGGAGCAUAAACUGCAGAUCGCCUUCUCGGAGCUGGAAAUGAAUCUGGAGGAGCAGCAGCAGCUGGUGUACUGUCUGGAGGUGGCGCUGGAACGGCAGCGCCUAGAAAUGGAUCGCCACCUCACCUUGCAGCAGCAGGAACAUGAACGUAACAUACAACUCCUGCUGAAGCAAUGCCAAGACCAGAUGGGUGAGGGAUUGGCGGGAAGCAAAAGACAGUACGAAGGCAGGAUCCAGAUGCUUGAGAAGGAGCUUGGCUGGUACAUGUGGGCUCAUCAGGAGCUUAGUCAGAGACUGAGCAAAAUGGCCGUUCCUCCUCCGAAUGCUGCAGGAAAUCAAGUGAAAGCUCCUCAAGGAGAUGGCAGAGUCCUUCAUAAUACUGAGAGACACGUCUCCUUAGCUGGGUGUGCCGAAGAAAAUAAUAACUUGAACAGUCAACCACUUGCUGCAGAGCGCACCCUGAGACCUAGAGAGGAGUUGAUGCAUGUGCCAUUACCACCCACAUGGAGGCGCUCUUCCCUACCUUCGGAAGAGCAGGCGGGACUGGAGGAGCUAAGACAUCGGGACGCUAUGAAUGAACCACUGAACAACAGAUUGGUGCAACCAAAUGAUGGUGUUUGCCAAAGACCUGCUAUGUACUUGCCCAAAUCCCGGCGAGAUGUUCGUAGAUGUAAUAUAAGUGUCAUGCCAUUGAUGUCUAACAUGGAGAUGAUUGACGUAAGAAGAAACCCACUGUAAGAACAGUUUCCACACUGUUUUUGUCUUCAGCUAGUGUGUUUCUGGUGUACAACGAUCAGCCAUAACAUUAUGUCCACCCACCAUAACCCGUCAAGGCAUGGACCCCACUAGAAGGUAUGUGGUGGUAUUUGGCACCAAACAGUAGCAGAUUCUUUAAGUCCUGCAAGGUGGGACCUCCAUGGAUCGAACUUGUGUUUUCCGCACAUCCCACAGAUGUUGGAUCGGAUGGAGAAUCUGGAAGGUCAAGUCAACAUCUCAAACUCGUUGCGGUGUUCUUCCCUUCAUUCUUUAAUUCAUCAGACCAGGCCACCUUCUUCCAUUGCUCCGUGGUCCAGUUCUGAUGCUGAUGUGCCCCAUUGUAGGCACUUUUGGCUGUAGACAUGGGGUCAGCAUGGGCACCCAGACCAGUCUGCGGCUCUGCAGCCCUGUACGCAGCACGCUGUGAUGUUCAACAUCGGAACCAGCAUUCACUUUUUCAGCAAUUUCAGCUCCAGUAGUUCUUCUGUUGGAUCCGACUACACAGGCCAGCCUUUGCUUCCCAAGUGCAUUCGGCUUUAUACAUCAACUUCAGGGACUACAUGUUCACUUGUGCCUAAUAUAUCCAACCCACUUUCAGGUGCCAUUGUAGCGAGAUAAUCGGUGUUAAUCACUUUACCUGUCAAUGGUCAUAAUGUUAUGACUGAUCAUUGUGUAAGUACAAUUGUAACCUGUGGUGCAAUUCUGCAUAGAAACCAAUCGGCUUCCAUUUUUUUUUUCUUUUGUCAAAGAUUAUAAUUGAACAAGCUG